AAUAUAUUUGCAUUGAAACACUAACAAUUAUUGCAUUUUCUUCUUCUCAUAUAUAUGUGUUGUCAAAAAUUGAGAUGACAGAUACGGCACCUAAUCCUGUCAACAUUAUGUCUUGCACGCAAGAACAUCAAACUGAUCCCCCCCUCCCCCCCACAAAAUAAAUAAAUAAACUAAAAAGAUGAAGAACUAGUUUUCCUGGUAGAACAAUAAUUGGACUCGAUAAUGAUGAUAAUUGUUCUAACAUUUUCUUCUCAUGAUGCAGAUACAGCCCAGCUUCAGCUGUUGGGUGAGGACACGCCGGAUGAUGGCGACUCAGUUCCAGUAAACCUUAAAGCUCCCGGCACCACCGGUAAUUGCCAACUAGGCGGCGGCGGCGGCGGCGGCGGAUGCCGGAUGGACGACCGGCCGGCGAUGAGGCGUUGCUGUCGCCGCCAGGCAAGAUGCACGGUCACCGACUCCCACCGCAAACGCACGGGCUGCUGGCAGUUUUGGUCGGCUGCCGUGUGCGGCCGUGGAUCCGGGUCGGUGGGCCAUGGAUGGGUUCGGUGCUGCUCCAUUUUUUGUGCUUCGUGGCAAGGCACGGCUUGGCAGAAGCAAUCAAACGUGCUGGAUGUUGACGUGCUGAUUGUCUCCCCGGUUCUGUGUAUGAUCGACAUCAUCGGCUUUGACCGGAGGCUGUGCAUACAGGCAAGAAUGAGCCAGCAAAACCUAUAUGUUUGGCGCUCUAGUUUUAUUCUAUGUAUUUCCGGAGGUUGCCUGUGGCUCUUGUAUAUAUGCUAGGGUACCU